AUGCUAUCAAACUACGUCAUGACACUCCAAACACCUGAGCAAAUGAUAAAACGGUUCCGUAGAGCAAAUUUAGACGAACCACAGCCACCUCAGAAGUCGAUACCUGGUAUGGGAUCGCUGAAUCCAGUCCAAUAUGCCCAACAGUUCGAACUAUUGAACACUGCAGUUUUCUAUAGUGUUUUAUUCAUGGCAAUUAUUUUCAUCAUAGGCGUUAUGUUUAGAAUCCUGCACAUACGAAGAACCAACGGGUGGUCAAAGGUAAGAAAUCACAAAAUUGAGAAAAGUGAGUACAUAAUCUUGGAAGAAAGGUGCGAUGAGACAUGUCCUCACAAACACAUCGGUUUUUCAGAUGAGAAGGAAAUGCUCCAAAAAUGUUCAUCAGCUUGUAAACACCACGAAAUACAGGACACAGAUGAAGAAUUUAGCGAUGACUGCUGCGACACUUGUUGUGAUAGAGAAAAUUCAGAGACCGACUCCUUGUCAUCUAUCGAAGAUGAAUAUUCUGCUGAUAAAAACAAGAACAAAAAGCCAUCAAAGAUGUUGUCUCUCGUGAAUUAUGACAAACUGAUGGCCGAUUUACAUAAAAGUGAACGUGUGCAUGGAUAUGAUAGUGUCAAUCCUGACGAAAGACCGUGGAAUGCAGGUAAUGUUAAGAGUGUGGCGGGAAUCAGCGUUGAUAGCAGGUCGCAUUGGAUAAUUCCCUCUGAUACUGGCGAGUCUUGCUAUCCAUCAAGUAUAUGUCUGGAUAGUGGCAGGGAGAGCACACUGCAAAGUUAUAAAUCCACAUCAUCCACAGUGAAUGUGUCGGUACGCUCAAAAGCAAGUUGUGCACCAAGCAGUUCUGGAUAUUCUUCAGGUUCUGUGAGCAGAAAGAAUUUGUCAAUGAACACAUCGCCAAUGUAUCCACCAAUACAGAGAAAAACGCCAAAAGGUGCACCAAGCAUGAUCUCAGACUCCUCUGGUGUACUAAGUGGUGCGAGAAGCGAAUAUUCUAUGUCUUCAAGAGGUAAUAGGUCAGGUGCAAAAACAACGAACUCAAAAAUAGAAUUACGUGAAUUAAAUGGCUCAAAAACAAAAUCGAAAACACAAGAACAGCCUUUAUCGGAUAAGUGUGGAAUGAAAAUUGAUGGAACUAGAUUGAAGGUGAAACGGAAACUAAAACGGAGAAACGAUGGUGUUUUUUACAAAGAUAAUUCGAGUGAUAGUGGCUCAGAUAUCGAACAUUCAUAUUCAUCAAUAGCCAUUGCAAAGCCUCGAAAACCACGAUCUCGUUCGUAUGCGAGUGACUACUCAUCUAAGCAUAGUUCUGUUAGCGGCACUUCAGGUGAUUUAGUCGAGGGCCUGGUGAGCGGCAUUAAUCAGUUUGAGCAAAGAAAGAAUGGAAUGCAGAAACUAGCAGAGGAAAAAAACCACAAAAACUCUCAUUUACACGGCCAAAAGAGAUCCACAUGCGAGCGCAAAGCUAAUGCAAGCAGUGAAAAGACGUGUUAUGCAUAG